AGUUGCGUGUCACGUGUGCCUAUACAGUUUAGAAAGUUUGACAGCAGUUUUACAACAUCAGCUUCGUGUUUAGCUGUUUUCUGCCACCAUUCAGUCGAAUGUAAACCAAAGGUUCGCCCCGGUACAAGAUUGAGAUUGUUAAUUUGGGAGAAUAUACGUUUUCUUCCAGUAAAGUGAAUUUAAGGAACAAACUGCUGAACAUCGAACAUGGAAUUUAUUCAGAAACUGCUGUCGGGAUUCAGUCUUGACCUGGGACCGUUGAAAGAACCUCUGGGAUUUAUUCGGGUUCUAGAAUGGGUGUUCACUAUUUUUGCCUUUGCCACCACUGGGGGUUACUCUGGGACGACCCACAUCCUUGUGAAUUGUCCGGGGGAGAUGCAAACUGUCGUAGAGGCUGGGUUUGGCUACCCCUUCAGGUUGCCUAGCUACGGCCCUUUCAAGGUGCCCGUGUGUAACAGCACCUCCCCGAAUGAGACUUUCCUCCAGGGUGACUACUCCUCCUCAGCUGAGUUCUACGUCUGUGUCGGUGUCUUCGGCUUCCUGUACUGCACCGCCACCCUGGUGCUCUACCUGGGCUACCAGCAUGUGUACCGCGGGGGCCGCGGACCCACCAUUGACCUGUUGGUGACUGCUGCCUUCGCCUUCCUGUGGCUGGUGUCCUCCUCUGCCUGGGGGAAGGGCCUGACUGAUGUGAAGUGGGCCACCAACCCAGAACACCUGGUUGAGGCCUGCCAGCCCCAGUGCUCACCUGGAGACUACCCCUCCAUGGGAAAACUCAAUGCCUCUGUGAUUUUCGGGUUUCUGAACCUCAUCCUGUGGGCAGGUAACUGUUGGUUCAUCUUUAAGGAGACUCCAUUCCACAAAGACAACAGCCCAGCAGCCACCAUGGAGGGCGGAGUCCCCAGCUCUUAAUUGGCUCAUAGAAGCUCCACCUCUACAGUCCAAGCCAAUCGCCAAGGUGCUUGGGACCGACAGCGUUUCUCAUGUAACCCUAUUAGGAAAGAAACUAAUCUGUAGAGCAAUUAGGAAAGAAACUAAACUGUAGAGCAAAAUGAAGCUUUUUAAUCACCAACAACACAGGCCCCUUUUCAAUGACAAGUGUUCGGCUCAAGCUUCAGGGAAAGUAGAGUUAGUUGCCCAGCUCUAACCUUCACCACAGUGACCCAGGUUGUUGUUUUUCUAAUCUUCAUAGAAUUGGUCAGUUAAUGUGAUUGAUUUGCUAGCUGCAGUAAACACUACCCCAAUUUACAGGUGUGAGCCCUGAAAACGGAGGGAUCACAACUUUUUUUUUUACUGGUUUUUGAUGGAAUUUCCAUUCCAAACUAAGUGCCUUUACUGUACAUAAAAUGUAUUCAGUUACUGCAAAUGUGGCUUGAGUUGAACACUUUGAUAGGAAUCUGGGUGUUUGUGAUAUCCAAAAUUUUUGAUUUGGUUGCUUCCUCUAGAACAGGUGCUUUCGAUCACAUAGGCCUACCACAAAACAGGGCUCACAGACAAACUACUGUAGCUUACCUCUUGCCUAUUUUGAUUCAUAUGGGGAAGUUCAGUAAUGCUGGGUUGACAUACAGUAAUUAUCUGGCCAUAGGUCUCCUUUCUCAUGAAUCUGAUAAAGGAGAUGUCAAAGGUCAUGUUGAAAGCCCCUGCUCUAGGUUGCCUUGCCUUUCAGGUCUAAAUGUAUUCCUUUAAAAUAAACAAUUUAACUACUGGCAUUUCAGUAACUCCCCAAUAUUCCACUACUACUACUACAUGUUUUGAAAUGGACCUCAUAGAUAUAUGGAUUUUGCAUUUCUGUGUCUGAAAGCAUAUUGCUUUGGUGCACUAAACUCGUCAGAGCUGUGUUGGCUACUUGAUUGCAAUCGCUCCUGAUGUUCAAUGCGUUUCUCUCUUUGAAGUGUGGUAUGGCUUUUUGUCAUUAUUUUGUUAUUCAUAUGAACAGUGCCUUGGUAAUUUACACCAAAUAGCAGUAUCAAGCCUGGUUAAGAGAGUGCUUACUCUAGAAAGAGUAACCAAGUUAUUUUGGCUACAGUCAAGUUGAUAUAACACAUUUCUAGUAACUUUUACAUUUUAGUCAUUUAGCAGACGCUGUUAUCCAGAGCGACUUAAAGUUAGUGAGUGCAUACAUUU